AUGAAGGGACUUCACCACCCGAACAUUGUGCUGUUCAUGGACUCCUGCUCCAAGCCGCCGACGCUGUUGUUGGUGACUGAAUUACUGGCGAACGGAAGCUUCUUCGACAUUCACCACAAGAUGCCGCGACCGGAUCCUGCUUAA